AUGACUUUUGAUCUUCGGCGGUCACGUCAGCCUUUCCACAACCCGUGGCUGCUUGACCGUCUCGUGCAUGAGCGAGCCAUUGCUCUUGGUCAUGCUCUUGACCAGUCUACUCAGGACACCUACUCCUCCGCCCUCAACUCUUAUCUCACUUUUUGUUGCUCACAUAACUUUCCUAUUGAGCCUACUCCUGACACUUUCAGUUUUUAUGCUGUCUACAUGUCUUCCUUCAUCAAACCUGAUUUCGUCGACUCUUACCUCUCCGGCAUUUGCAGCAACCUUGAGCCCUACUUUCCCAGUGUCCGCCAAAUCCGGAAGUGCCCCCUUGUCUCUCGUACCCUCCAUGGUUGUAUGUGUCUCCGUGGAUCGUCAAUUCACCGCAAACGUGCCCUUACUACCUCCGACAUCCAAUUUGCUAUUGCCCAGUCGCCCACCACCCCCUCUCACGAUGACCACUUGUUCCUUGCUCAAUUACUCACCGGUUUCCAUGCACUCCUUCGCCUGGGCGAGCUUGUCUGGCCUGACUCAGUCUCCGACCCUUUCUUCCAUGGCAGUCAGGUCCUCAUCAUCAAUCACCUUCACACUGCUGACCCUCGCCUUUUCUUCCAAUCCUACCUCGUUUCCCGUGACACCCUUUUCCCCCUCCAGCCCGAACUCUGGCUCCGCGAAAAUGGUGCCGUUCCCACUCGCACCUGGUUUAUUCGCCGUCUCCAAACUCUUUUCCCCAAUGAUGUUGCUGGCCACAGUCUGCGCUCCGGUGGUGCUACCGCUCUGGCCGAAAUCGGCAUGACCCCAGCUCUAAUACAAGCCAGUGGUCGUUGGUCCUCGGACACCUUCCAGGCUUACAUUUGCAAGCAUCCUACCCUCCUUGCUGCUCUCCUGUUUGCACGAAAUGCACCUCAUGCCUCUACAAUUGCGCCCUGA